GCCCCUGCACGCCGGAUCCUCGCCUCUGACAGACGGACGGAGCGGACCGUGUGUGCGACUCACCUCUCGGUCUGAACUUCGUGCGGACUCGAGACUGUGAACAAGUUUGGUUUUUUUUUGGGAGAGUUUGUGUUGUUGCUGUGCGCAGAGAGACCCGCGGACAAAGUGGAUAAAAAGUGUGUGUAGGAGCUGCUCCAGCGGACUUUGGAUAACUUUUCCAAGAGUCACCAUGCUGCCUUACAUCCUGCUCCUCUUCCUCUCAUCUGGUCUGGUGUUAUCAUCUGACUGCCCAGCAGACUGUACCUGCCCGGUCCCAGAAUCCAUAUUCUGCAUUCACCGACGGGCCAACACUGUGCCCCGUGUCCCCAGCACCAAACAUCUCUACAUCUUCCAGAAUGGCAUUGACACUUUGUCUCAAGAUGACUUCAAGGGCCUGGGAGAGUUGCAGUUGCUAGAUCUGAGCCAGAAUGAGCUGACAGAGAUUCCGGACGGUGUUUUUGAGAUGCUGUCCAAGCUGAAGAACUUGGACCUGUCCGCUAACCCCAUUACCCACAUUUCCAAAGACAGCUUUUCUGGGUUGGUCCAGUUGGAAAGGCUGUAUCUCCAUGGAAACAGCAUUCAGAGCAUCCAUCCGGAAGCUUUUGAAGGUUUGGAGAUGUUACUGGAGCUCAAGCUCCAGGGGAACCAGCUCACCUCUCUGCCGUCCCUUCAUUUCCCAAAGCUUCUGCUUCUCGACCUCAGUCACAACAACAUCCCAGCCCUGGGACCCUCAGAUCUCCAGACUCCCCACCUAGAGGCCCUUAAGGUGGCCGCUCUGGGGCUUACCUCUGUGGAUGAGGAUCUCAUAUCUUCUUUGGGAAAUCUCCAUGAGCUCGACAUCUCCUCCAACCAGUUAACUCAGGUUCCCCAAGCCCUAAAGCAGGACUCCCUUAAGGGGCUGAUCAAGCUCAGCCUGGCUGCCAACCCGUUGGGCGAGCUCAGGGCGGAGGACUUCCAGAAACUCACUGGACUUCAAGAAUUGGAUCUUAGUGGACUAAAUCUCCAGGGUUUUCCCCAGAGUUUCUUUGAGACGUUCCCUAGGUUGGCCAGCCUGACAGCAGCUGAGAACCCAUUUAACUGCUUGUGUCCAUUAGCCUGGUUCCCAGUCUGGCUAAAAGAGAAGGAAGUGGAUCUUGGGAGGCCUGAGGAAACCAGAUGUCACUUCCCUCUAGUUAAUGCUGGGAAGAAGCUUUCAGCACUGGAGCACAAGGAUUUUGGGUGUCCACCUACCACAACAGUGCUGACUGGCUCCCCCAUUGGAAGUACCCCUGUUCCACAGCUGCCAACCACCUCUCCAGAAACCACCCACACCAACGCUAUUCCUCCUCCUUCCCCACCCAGUGAGGAAACGUUCUCCUCUAAGACCCCAUACCCCCUUCCACCGGAACCUCCAGUCUCCCCUAGCUCCACCAGCGGGGAGAAUGAGCCACACAUCUGCCCACCAAACAUCUGCCUUAAUGGUGGCACAUGUAAUUUUGACCCAUUGGGUCAACUCAGCUGCCUGUGUCCUCCACGAACCUCUGGCCUCUACUGUGAAAAUGUGGAUGAGGUCCCAGAGCCACCAAAACCUUCAACAACAGAAGCUGCCCCCAUGACGCCCGCUGAACUUGAUGCCAUCAGCUCAAGGCAUGUGACCUCCACAUCCAUCCUUCUUGACUUGCACCGCUUCAUCGAGACACGGCCACACAUUCGUGGAAUCAGGCUGACCUACCGUAACCUCUCAGGGCCUGACCGCCGUCCAAUUAUCUUGAGUGUACCGGCCUCCUACCCCGAGUACACUUUGCGUGGUUUGAAACCCAACUGUACCUACUCAGUCUGUGCCAGUCCCCUGGGUGAGAGAAUCAACUCUAGGGUCAACAGUUCUAUAGAAACAAGGUCAUGUACAGAGGCUCGGACCGAAGGGGUUUCAGUGAUAAAUUCAGAGUCCAGGGUGGAGACACAGAGUACACUGACAUACACACUCAUCCCAGCCCUGGCUGCCCUGGCUCUGGUGCUGGGGUUGGCUGUGGUGGCUGGGACCAUCAUCUGUGUACGGAAGAGGAGGCAGGCCAAGGCAGGAAUGGAGCUGGAACUGGGUCCAGCUGAUCCUGAUCCCAUGGAACUGGAGGGGAUAAAGGCCUGUCUGGAGAAUGGGGGAAAUGGUACACUGCCCCACAAACAGCCUGAGAUUGACCGCUGUCACACUCCACAGCCUCCUCCAUUAUUGCAGCAAAAUGGGGGUUUGGACUAUGAAGUACCCUUGAUGCAAGGACACUGCCCAUCAAAUAACAAUCUGGCAUCACUAAAGCCAUCAUAUUUCUAAAAUGCAAUAAAGCACAAACACUUGGAAAGAUUUUGCAGAGAGAGAGACUCAUGAGGUCCUGCGGCGGCUCACUUAGUGCUUAAAAAUCUCAUCUUCAUUCCAAUUUCAGAUAUCGACAAUUUGAAAACUGGCACUUACGAUCCUUUGCUGUCCAAAUGAUAACACUACAGACUGGACCAUUGUAGAGAUACUGAAUAAUGAAUUUAAGAUUACAGCAUAUUGGAAAUAUGCUAAACCACUGUGGGACAAUGAUCCGGAUGGUGAAACCUUACCAAGUGAUUUAUCUAAGUGCAAUCGACUAGAAGGGUCUUAGUAACAGACUGAAAACGGAAGUGCCUUUUUGCAUUGACACAACUGUAACCAAUGGCUCGAUUAACGUGUUUGUUUAUAUGAAAGGAACUAGAUUAAUGAGCUGUAAUCCUGUUGCUGGAUUUGGGAGGUACAGUAUGGAGAACAAUGCCCCGACGUCUGGGCUCAUGAACUGGAGGAAGUGACGGAGGUGGAAAACAUUUUACGCAGAUGUGUGAUGGCUCGAACACACGUCCUGGUACAAAAUGUGUUUUUCGACCAACUACGACUGCUCCGUGGGGAUUAUGUAUAUAAAAAAAAAGAACUUGCACUGAAAAGAAAUACUUCUUUUCCUUUACAGUGUCCCAGUCAUGAACUACCGCAAGUUUUGAAAAACAUAUUGUGCAAAGUACGCUGAUGACCAUAAAAGCUGUCCAGACUCCAUAUUUUGCUGUUGACAUGAUCUAACCUGAAACAAAACUCCAAGUAUAUCGUCACAUGUGGAUUUGAAUUCUGCAGUGUCAACAGAUCUACCAUAAUUCUGUCCACACAUCCAAAAGCUUUUGGCUCCACUGAAAAUACAUGUGCUGUGAAUGAUAAAUGGACUGAAUGAAGAGCCAUUUAGAAUGGACUUUGCCUGCAUUGUUCUGUGCCGUGACGGGAAGGCUGUGUUGUCAAGCUUAUAUCACGAUAUUCUGUUUUGUUUUGUUUUUUGUAUUUUUAUUGCGCUUUCUGCUGUUGAUGUCCAUUCAGUAUUGCUGUUGCUGUGAGUUGAAACAUUUAUUGUUCUCCCGGAAAAACCCUUCUCAAGUCUUCAUGGAUUCUGUGCUUUUCUGCAAACUCUCCAGAGGUAUAUCUGCCGAAGGAAACCAGCUUAUGUUCUUGAGACCAGCACAAGCAAGAGUGAUCAAAUGUCGACUAAAAAUAAAGAAAAAACUCUCAGUAAUGUAAUUAGUUACAUUAUCUACAGAUUCCUAUUGCAUGACGUUCAUCAAAACAUGUCUGAGGAACUCACCAAGUGAAUGUAACUGUUCAGUGUCAGACACUUUAUUCUCUGUGCCAGGUCUGCCAACGCUACAUAAGGAUAAGCCUCAGACUGUUUUGACCGCCAGAGCUCCCAAAACUGAGUUCAAAGGCUGUUGUUUUUUUGUUUUUUUUGUUUUUUUUUUUGCCACAAAACCCGCUCCCAUAAAGCAGCACACGCGUGCCGAGAAAAGAAAGUUCAAAGAGCUUUGAGGCAAUUUGCUGCGAGUGUCUGUGAGGUUGAGGCACCGGUUUCCUCUUGGCGCUGCCGACCGUAUCGUUUCUGAGAUACGGUCUAGACACUGUCCCCCUGUAGCCUUUUUUGUACUCUCACAUCCUCCAGCUGGCUUCUCUGUGCCUCCAACUCUGAACCCAUCCAGUGUAUUCUGGUCAACAAGGAUCAUUUGCUUGUGUGUUUGGAAGUUGUUUUGCUUGUUUACAGCCAACCAGACUGUGAAAUGUACAGGCUAAAUGCACCGUUCUGAUGUAUUUGUUCUCUUUUUUUAUUUUUUCCCCUGUCUGGGGCUGAGAAUGUCACAAGCUUUUAGUGUUACUGUUCUUUUUUUAUGCCCCCGUUUUUCUCCCUUUCAUGAGAAAAGAAUCUUAAAUUGCAAAGUAUAAAUAGGUUUACAGAAGACGUGCCUCAGAAAACAUUGGUGCAGAGCCUUACCGACAUCGUGCAGCGUCGUGUUACAUGCUGGAGAACAAAAGGGCCUCUAUUUCGCCUCACAAGACAUCGCCUUAUAUUAAAAACUAAAAAUGAAGAAGCAUGAAAUGUGAUGUAAUCGAUUUAGUCAGGGUUUUAAAUAAAGACCUGCAUCAGUUCUUGGUUAUCUCACAGCCGAACAAUCGGAAGAUAGUGCGUUAUCAAUUGGUUUAAAAAGUGUGUGUGUGUGUGUGAGUGAGUGCGUGUGUGUUUCCUUCGAUUUCUGCUUGUCUGCUUUAUAAUUGAGUCCAUGCACUACACUCCAGCCACUGUCCAAAAUCAACUUACCAUUCUUUGGCUCCACUUGCUUUCUCCACUCUGUCAGUAUUCCAGUACAAACACGGAGACAGAUGCUCGUUUAUCUGCUCGCCAUCAAUAUACAGUAUCAGCUGGAAGACUCUGUAUCGCUUUGGACGGUGAGAGGAGCGGGGAAAAAAAAGACCUUUUGAAAUAUUUUCAACAUGCUUUUAACUGAACCUUCCCUGUUUAUUUUUAGGGAACAGUCGUCUUUAUUUCUUGAUGUUUUCAUGUUUGUCACCUAUGUCGAAUUUUGCGAGACAAGCAAUGCUGAGAAAAAAAGAACAGUAUUAAAAAGACUUAAUGUUUAAAAAUA